AUGGCCGAACAGAAUAUGGACGUCGAUGUAGUAGCAGAAGACGUCUGGACCCCGCUCGUCGACCAACGCUUCACCAUCACACCCAACGCGAUCCCACCCUCCCAGCUUACCGCCUUCGACGCCGAACUGGCUUACGCCAACAAGGCCGUCUUAGUAGCGAAGAAGCGCAGGAACCUUCUAGCGCCCGCGUGCCGCCUUCCAUUCGAGAUCCUCUCGACGAUCUUCGCGCUGGUACAGCAGAUAUGGACGCCGGGAGUGGAACGCGAAAGGAAGGUCUACGAGUACGAUCUGGGAUGGCUACGCGUGUCUCAUGUCUGUCAAUACUGGCGUAACGUCGCCGUGCAAACCCCAUCCCUCUGGACCAAGAUCCCCUGCCUCGCCCUCCCACCCCGCGCCGCAUUCUGGUUCUACCUCCGCUCUCGCCACGCGCCUCUCCACCUGACCCUCGAAACCGAAAUGGGCCUCUACGACCCCCCCACGCUCGGACGCGCCGUAUCGUCCUGGUUCGCGCCCUCGGUCCUCUCCCGCGUCCACUCCCUCUCGCUCGGCGGGUCCCUCCCCGAUCUGCACGCACUCGUCAAACACUGCCGGCACCCCAUGCUGAACAUAUCGCACCUGAGCGUCUGCGCCGACCAAGACAACCCGCAGCCCACGUACCGUCUUCCGCGCCGUUUCUGCCACGGCACCCAGCCCACUCGACUAGUCCUCGAAGGCUGCCUCCCGCACUGGGACUCCACCCUCCUCGCGUCGAAACUGACGCACCUUACACUGCGUUCGGAGGGCUGCACCGACCUCGACGCGCUCCCCUUCUGGGCGCCCUUCGCCGCGCUGCUCGCCUCGCUGCGCAGCCUCGAAGAGCUCGACCUCUACGACGUCUUCCCGCUCAUCCUGCCCACCGACACCGACACCGCAUCCCUCCCUCACACGCUGAAGACGCUGAACCUCGAAGCGUCGGGCGCGGCGAACAACUCGCUCGUCGAGCUGUUCAACCACGUCGAACUCCGGUCGCGCGCGAAAGUCCGCAUCGCGAUGCACGGUGUGAACGACGAGCAGCACGCCGACAGUAUCGCGCUCAAGCUCCGGCCUUUUCUUGCCCGGCUGUUCGCGUUCGCUCUCGACGUCGCCGAAACCCCCACCAACGACGCCAACAACGACGAACCGGACUCCGAGCUCGUCGUCUCAGACAAAUCCAUCGACCUCUACACGCCCGCGCUCCCGCGCUCCAGCUGGACCGCCUCAACCUCCUCCUCCUCCUUGGCGUCCGUAUUAUCACGCUCGCCUCCCCCCGCGCGCGACCAGGCCCGCAUCCAGCUCGCGGUCGAGUACAAGCAGCCUAUAUCGGUCGAGACCGCGAAAGCUCUGACGCUCAGCCAUCAGCUGUCUGCGCUGCCGCUGCAUCGGUUGUCAGCGCUGGGACUGGAUAGGCGGUGCGUGCAGGAUCUGGUGCAGGAGGGGAGCGUGGGCCAUCUGAGUGCGGCGAUUAACGUACGGCGUCUAGGUGUAGAGGCCGAAGGAUGCGCGCCGCUGUUCGACGCGCUCCUCGCUCGUGCAUCAAAUGGGACUUUCGACCUGUUACCUGCGCUGGAUACUAUACACGUCCAAUGCGCCGAGUAUGAGGUGGACAUGUACAGACCGGAAGAGCUGGAGAAGAGCUGUGAGGCCGAUAUGCUCGCGCUGCUUAGGCUCGUCACGGAGAGGCGGGAGGGCGGUGCGGCGGUGGGUGAGGUUGUCGUGCAGAGGGAGUUGGUGGGGUGGAGGGUGUGGGAGAAGAUGUGUGGUGUUGUACAGGUGAGGUUCGAGGAUUUUUGGGGAGAGGCGAGGGUUUGA